AUGCAUAUUGAAGUACAAGUAGCAUUAAACUUCGUGAUAUCAUACCUCUACAACAAACUGCCGAGGCGGCGGGUGAACAUUUUCGGAGAGGAGCUGGAGAAGGCGUUAAAAGACAAGUUUAGGGGUCACUGGUACCCUGACAGACCGUGCAGAGGCUCAGCAUUUAGGUGCUUGAAGACUGGGGGUCCUUUAGACCCUGUGUUGGAGAGGGCGGCAAGAGAAUCGGGCGUUCCAGUCCGUGAUGUGCUGGAACACCUUCCAAGAGACCUGGCUGUUUGGGUCGACCCAGGAGAAGUGUCCUACCGAAUCGGAGAAAAAGGUGCGGUGAAGGUUCUCUUCAGCAGCGAUGAACGAGCAGCAGAGGAGCGAACUGACAGAGAGGUGACUCGCGCCUUCAACCCCGAAGCGCAAUGCUUCAGGCCCGUGGAGCCGGUGGCGGCGCCUUCGCCCCCCGCGCCCGCCGCCUUCUCUCCGGCGCCGCCGUUCCGCGCGCAACCGCUGACCUUCACGACGGCUACCUUCGCGCAGACCAAGUUCGGUAGCACCAAGCUGAAGACGAGCAGCAAGCGCGCCAACCGCAUGUCUCCCACGGAGUUCAGCAACUACAUCAAGCAGCGCGCCGUGCAGCAACAGCUGGCGGCGCGGGCGCUGUCUCCGGCCGACCCGGCGGCCUACUUCGUGUCGCGGCGCGAGGCGGCCCCGCAUCUGCUGCUCGCCAACUGA